AUGCGCAAUUUAAUAUUCUUUCUACUUAUUCACUCUUUUCAUCUAAUCGAUGCGAAACGAAAAUCACAAUCAGGAACGGAUCGAGCUUUUGAGAAAAAUGACGAUGAAGGAAUGUGGCAAAUUGACGAUGAACAACUGAGACCAUGGGCAUAUUCAACUGUGAAACCUUCAACAGAAUCAGUGUCAAUAAAAGCCGAGGAAACACCAACAGUUACAGAGGAAUCGACAACAACAACAACUACAACCAUUGCUACAACAACGAUUUCUGGAGAAACGAAAAAACCUGAUGAUAUUCAAAAAUUGUUAAAUGAUGGAGUGAGUGAUCUAUCAAAUAUCACACAGGCCUUAGAAGAAGAACAUGGAGAAGUUGACUCAAAAAAUAGAACUAUUUUGUGGUUGGAUGCAAAAUGGAAAGCUGAAGAUCGACAGUUGAAUCUAUCAGCAAUUGCUGAAUGCAAAGCAUGGAGAACACAAUGGGAACGAGAUACAAAUGAAACUUUGUCCGAAGUGAUUGAAAUAAAAAAUGAGACCUCACCAAUAACGGAAGAGGAACUGAAUUUGGUGGACUCUGAAGUGGUCGACAAUAAAAAGCGAUUACUCGAAUUGGGGUUGGCUGAAGAUUUACUCAAAGAAUUUAAGGCAAUUGGCAUUAUUUGGAAAGAAGUGUGCGGCCUACAUGAAAGAGAUUUGUGGUUUCGGAAGACGGAAGACGCGAAAAAGAUUGGAGUCACAGAAAUAAGUCCGAUUUGUGAGCCAUUCAAGGAAGAACUCAACCCAGACACGGCAAAAUUGGCAAAAUUAGCCGAAAUGCUCAACGAAAUUGUUUUCAAUGCAACAGAAUUGGGAAUCCGCCUUUUUAACACAACUGAUUCAACAUCGGAAUUGAUUAAGAAAUCAAAAGAAAUUGAUGGAGAAUCAAUGAAAGAUGAGACAUCAAAAGAAGCACAACUGUCGACUAGUGGAUUUGACGAAACACAUCAUCAUCAUCAAGUGAUUGGAGUGAUAGAUAGAAGACAAUUCCCCGAUUAUCCGCAAACUAUUCAAAAAGAAUCAGAAUUGGGAAUCGAUCCAAAAGAUGAACAAUGGCAAUGGAAUCAACAUCAAAACCAAAGGCAUCAUAUUCGACCGGGUGUUUUGUUGAGAGUGAAAAGAAUGGCGGUUGAAGUGAAAGAAGAAGUGAAAAGUGAAGAAUGGACUGAUGAAAAGCCAGAAUCUCAAGAAGCAAUUGAUUCAGCUGAAGUUAUUGUGGUUGAUGAGGAGGGCAAACCUAUCAACACAACAACAAAAUCAAACAAAUUUUUUCAUCGAUGGAUUGAAAUUGAUGCAACUGAAGAAACAAGUCCAACACUAAGCUUCCUUUCACCCAAGGCUCUUGAGGCUCUUGGACUGGAUAUUCCGGGUGAAGCUUACAAAAGAUACGAAAAAGUGAGUCUUUACCUUCCGGGAAUCUGUGCUGAAUAUGUGCCGAAAGCCGUCGAUGAAUUCGAUAGCAGUAAUUUUGAAGGUGUCGAAAUCGAAGGUCCGAUAGGGGUGAAUAUUAGUGCACUCGAGGCAGCUGGUGUCAACUUGACUGCACUCGCUGAAAAAUUGAGAAAUGACACCGAAGUUGAUGAUAUUUUAUCGCGAACAAAUGGUUCGGUCAGAACGCUUGGUGGAAGCUAUAUUCUGCCGGUUCUCAAUAAAAAUCAAUAUGAUCCAUUCUCUGCUCCAAUUGUCUUUCAAGGAAGUGCCGUAUCUGUUCGUUUUGGUAUAUAUAUUGAGUCUAUGAGUAAUUUUCAGACAUCUACAAUGGACUACGAUAUGGAUAUUUAUUUGAUGAUGGCAUGGAGAGAUGCACGUUUAGUCAAUCCAUACGAAAAGCCGAUUUUGGUUAAGGAGGAAGAAAUACUCGAGAAAAUUUGGCGUCCCGAUCCGUUUUUUGCUAAUGCAAAAGAAGCCGAGUUCCACGAAGUGACAUUUCUCAAUUUUCUUAUGCGAAUUUUCCCCGAUGGCUUAGUUCUCUAUGAAACGAGAAUCAAAUUGAGACCGGCAUGCAAUUUGAUCCUAUGCAAAUAUCCUCACGAUAAGCAGACAUGCGAACUACAAAUAAAAUCUUUUGCCUAUCCAAUUGAAACGGUUCGUUUUGAAUGGUUUACACGAAAAAAGGAUGCAAUCGAUAAAAAUCCCGAUGUGAAACUACCCGAACUUUACAUUGAUAGAUAUGAUCCAAGGACAUGUAAUCGGACAAGGAAAUCAGGUGAAUUCUCGUGUCUCCGAGCAGUGUUCCGCUUGAAAAGAGAUGUCGGAUUUCAUGUUGCUCAAACAUAUAUACCAACAUCGCUCGCUUUGAUGUUCUCUUGGGUAGGUGUUUGGUUGCCCGAAGAAUUCAUGGAGGGACGAAUUGGUGUGGCGAUUACUGUACUUUUGACUUUAUCAACAGAAUCAGCUGGUGCAAGAGAGCAUUUACCGAGUGUUUCAUAUUUGAAAGCAAUCGAUUUAUGGUUUGGUUUCAUCACGGGUUUCGUUUUCUUCACACUUCUACAAACACUUUUUGUGAUUGGAUUUGAUAAAAGAGCUGGACAAUUGCGUAAAUGGGCAAUGAAAAAGAAAGCUGAUGUAACAGAAGAGUUGAGGGAUGCAAUUCUAACGAAAGCAAAUCGAUAUCAUAAAACGGGGAGAUACUUGGAUAAUUUCUGUCGCGUAUUCUAUCCGUUAUCAUUCCUCCUUUUCUUGAUCAUGUAUUAUUUUGUGUUCACCGAAGGACGACAAGAUGAUUGCAUUUCGAGAAGAGAU